AUGGCAUCCGGGCAGAAUACCGCAGGAAGAACUGUUACAAGAUCGCAGUUCUUCGCUCAGAUCGGCCUUCGUGACGAUAACCAAGACCACCAGCGUCUGUUUGGGUUGAUGCAGAAUGAAGCCGCAGCCGGAUCCAGACGGUUGUUGGCUCAGCGAGGAAACGCCAAUGCGCAAAUCGACGAGGAAAGCUUCCGCAGAGAGGUGCUGGCCAUCUACGCAAGUGCAAGCUCCGAGACGAGGGGACUUUACGAUUUCGGCAUUGCGUAUGGGACUGACGGAUCGAUGAUCGAUAAUUGGGUGAUUCGAUGGAUGCUGUGGCAGGCCAUUCAUCAGCCAAAUGGUCAUUGA